UUGGAAGAGUUUCGUGAGAAAUGAAGAUUUUAACUUGGAAUAUCAACGGAAUUCGUGCCUCUAGGCGUGAAAGAUCGUUGAAAGUCCUUUUAGAUUCCCUCGAAGCUGAUGUUAUCUGCUUGCAAGAGACGAAAGUUACUCGUGAUAUGUUAGAUGAAGUGACAGCAAUUGUGGAUGGUUACAAUGCUUAUUUUAGCUUCUCAAAAGUGAAGACUGGAUACUCUGGAGUUGCAACAUUUUGCCGCGACGCAGUGACACCUAAAGCUGCUGAGGAGGGUCUCUCAUCUUGCCUUACUCCUCAGCCAUCUAUCGCCUGUUACGGCAGUAACACUGACUUCACACCUGAUGAGCUAGAAGCUCUGGAUAAUGAGGGUCGUGCCAUACUCACUGAACACACUCUCCCUGAGGGCAAGUCAGUUGUUAUUAUUAAUGUGUACUGUCCCAGAGCUGACAAGGAGAAUAAGGAAAGAGUGGAUUUUAAAAUGAACUUUUAUAAAUUGCUGCAGGAGAGAGCUGAAUCCCUUGUCAAUGCAGGAAGGCACGUCAUUGUUCUUGGUGACAUUAACACAUCACAUAAAAUGAUAGAUCAUUGUGAUCCUGACAAAGAGGAACUGUUCAAUGCUCAUCCUGGACGAAAGUGGUUGGAUCAGUUUUUGGUUCCAUGUGAAGUUAAUGGCGCUAAUCCAGACCAUAACACAGGUGAUCCUCUCCAAGCACAAGGUGGGCUUUUUGUAGACUCAUUCCGUUAUUUUCACCCUUCCCAGCGUGACGCUUACACCAAUUGGUGCACGGUGACCAGUGCGCGUCAAACCAAUUACGGUACAAGAAUUGAUUACAUUUUUGCCGAUAAAGAACUUGUUGAUAAAGAAUUCCUAAACUGUGAGAUACUGGCCGAUGUCGAGGGCUCAGAUCACUGUCCAGUUGUAGCAACUUUGAAGAAUUCUUUUCAAGCUGCAUUGAAACCUCCUUCCCUUUGUACGAAGUUUAUGCCAGAAUUUUCUGGGAAACAACAGAAACUUAAGUCUUACUUUUUGAAACAUGGACAACAGUCGCAGAGUCAACCCGAGGCUUGUUCUACGGACUUAAGUGUUACACAGGAAACAAAGACGUCCUUAAAACGGAGUGCCUCUUGCGGUGAUGUCAAAAGCAAAUCUGUAAAACGUCAAAAAUCUGCCGGAGGGAAAAACAAAGCUGAAGGACAGCCAAAGACAAAUCUGUUUAGUUUCUUUAAAAGGUCUACAGACCCGGUUGCAGUCAAUAAGAGUGUUACCGAGGUAACUAACGAAGCGUUUGAUUUAGUUAAGACUACUCCUUCCGAGUUUGAACAGUACGCAGGCGCGGAUAACGUCUCUUCACUCUCAAAUACCUCCGUUUCAUCUUCAGACGCGGCUUUAAAUGUUUCUGAAAACGAACCUGUCCCUGAAAACGCAUUGAGUCGCAAAGAUUGCGCAGAGAAGCGUAAAGUGGAUGCGGCAAUUUGGAAAAGUAUUCUCUCUGGGCCGCGUCCACCCCCUCUUUGUAGCGGUCACAAGGAGCCGUGCGUCCUAAGAACAGUGAAAAUCAAAGGUCCAAAUCAAGGGAAGCAGUUUCAUUGUUGUGCCAGACCACAAGGACACAGCUCCAAUCCUGAAGCUCGUUGCAAUUUCUUUAAAUGGGUGAAGUGGAGUUGAUUUCGGAGGUUGUGUAAAUAUCAUGGGGUGUUCUCACAAGAACAUGAGAUCUUUAAACUGUCCUUUUUUCAAAAAAAAAUUAAAUCUAUCAGUCCUUCUUUAAAGGAAACAAAGAUUUCCAAUGAACCUGUUUGAAAGAAAUCGUUUGAAUACACUUCUACUGGAUUGAAGGAAACAUCAAAUGAGCAUUUUGAAAGCAAUUUUAUCAAUCAACUCAACUCUAAUGGGGAAUAUGUGGUUAAAGUCCCAUUUCCAAGCAUAUUCCUUAUUUAAAGUUUUCAGAGUUUGAUCAGGUAACCAAAAAUUAAUUUUCAAUUGUUUAUUGAACUGGAAAAUGAAACUUGCAUCUUCAUAUUUUCCUCCAAUU